AUGGUCACUCCCACGGUAGAGGCAAAGGAUGCGGCCAUAACCGAACAAGGCUCAACCACGGUUAUGGACAUUAUUCCAGGCACUGAGUACAUGCAUGAGAAAGAGGCAGUCGAUGAUGCUACACAUGAUAGUGUCGGCCACGAUCUUUUCCCCCGGCCUACUGCUGACCCACUUGACCCUCUGAACUGGACAAAAUGGUGGAAAAUCCUAGCCAUCUACAAUGUCUCGAUGUGCAAUUUCUGGUUCGCUGUAUCCACGCUGUCGCUGUCACCCUUGUUCCCGCUAUACAUGGAGCAGUGGGACAUAUCAGCUUCUCAAGUCGGCUUGACGGUUGGGCUCCCCAUUCUCCUCCUCAUGGUCGGGAGUUUUCUCGCUGUCUCCACCGCAAACAUCUUCGGGAGACGCGCUUGUUUUAUUAUUUUUGGAGCCUUGUUCAUCGUUACGAGUGUAUGGCAAGCGGUGGCAAAAUCUUACGGCAACUUCCUGGCAGCCAGGGCCUUUGUUGGGCUGGUCUCUGCACCAUGCGAAGCAAUCGGAGUUCAGGUAGCUGCGGACAUGUUUUUUCUCCACGAGAGAGGUAUCUGGGUGGGCGUUGCCAUACUAUCAACGUUCCUCGGAACCUUCAUCGGACCUGUCAUUGCUGGAACAAUGGGCGAACGCUACGGAUGGCCCAGUUUCUUCUGGAUGUGCCUUGGGACGUUUUCCUUCUCCUACAUAUGUUUGGUCCUUACAUUCCCAGAGACGAAAUACCGCCGACAUGCUGGAAUGACUGCCCAAGAGACACACGCACCAUCAAUUCUGAGCAAAGGACGGCCUUCGAAGGCCAAUUUCAAACUGAUCCAAAGCCGGGACCCGCGUUGGAAGAUGUUCCUUUUGCGUGACACCGUCAUGCCUUUCCAAAUCUGCUAUUUUCCAAUUGUCCUUUGGACUGGUUUAUGUUUGACAGCGGGAGCAGCUAUUACCCUGGUCUGGAACUUGAUACAAUCGUUCGCCUUCAGCGCGCCACCUUACAACAUGAACCCGGAGCAGGUUGGCUACCUGAAUUUUGGCAUGGCCAUUGGGCUCGUCAUCGGCACGUUGACUGCUGGACCUCUGUCAGAUUGGGUUGCCCGGAAGCUUACUCAACGCAACAACGGUAUCUGGGAAUCAGAGAUGCGUCUUCCUGCCAUUCUGCCAUAUGCGGUCAUCAUCACCAUCGGAACAGCGAUAGCUGCUGUCGGUUUGCAUAGGCAGUGGAGUUGGGCCAUCAUUGUCGUUUUCGGCUUCGGUACUGCUGGCAUGAUGCUCAGCAGCCUUCCCACCAUUGCCAUUGCCUACGCUGUAGACUGCUAUCGACCUGUCAGCGGCGAGAUCAUGGUUGUUGGAACCUUCAUCAAGAAUGUUGUUGGCUUCUCGUUUUCGUACUGGGUGCCAACGCUUGGAUUGACGAAGGGCUUUCAUGUUCCUAUCCUGGUAUGGUACGCGUUUUGCUUACUAGCAUUCGUGCUGACAAUCCCCCUAUACAUAUGGGGCAAGCGACUACGCAUGAUGACUAGUAAGAGUAAAGUACACCAGCUUGAGGAGAUCAUGUAA